GGUGAAGUCGCCGCGACCCCGACCAUAGCUGCUUCACCAUUUUAGAGUCAGACGUGUUUCGUCCGAAGAGACGCAAUGCAAAUUUGGUACGCAACAUGUAUCAUUGCACCGCAUCGGGAUGGGCAUUGGGCGGUCUUGUUGUGUCCCUUGAGAUCAUCAUUCAUUCGCUAACUGGACCAUCACAUGUACCGAGGGCAUCAGCAUAUCGAACUCACUCGUACCAACUGGUGCAGAUGAACGCUGCUACCUCUUUCCACAGUUGCGCGCUGGCACUGAUACACCGCAACUGUUGUUCUACAUUUCAACCUUCGUUGAUUAUGCGGUACAACACCCAACAAACAAGGGAAGUCGGCUACAUCUACAACUAGACACUACAUUCCACUGCAUAGCAACCCAUCCUUGUCCACCACUAUCAUCUUUAGCUCACAAGUCGAAGACACCGGAGAAAGACCCCCACUACAAAUGCACCACAAAUCUCGUAUAAGAUAAUAUCCAUCAGAC